UCCGUGGGCCAAAUCAAAUUGUUGGGUCUACUAAUUAGGCCAAUGAGGGCCGUAUAAAGGCCCAUUAUGCAGUAUUUAGAGGGCCGGCCAGUCCAAGUCAAACGGCGAUCCGUCUCCAAGCGCUCACCAUGCGAUCGUUCGAACUCCUCCGCCGACCCCCGCCCACCGCCUCCCCCUCGCGUACCGAUCUCCCGUGGCUCCCUACCUUGUCCCGCCGGAACCCGCGCUCUCCGGGCGAAGCCGGCAAGCCCUCACAUUUCCUGUCCAACGCCGCCGUCCUCCGCGCCGUCAAGGCCGCAGGUGCCAUCCCUCGGCAGAUCCUCUCCGUCUAUUCGGCCGCUGCCGGACAGCCUGGCUUCCGCCACGACCUCCCCACUUACCAGGCCCUGACAUACGCCCUCGCCCUCCGCCGCCGGUUUCGCGCCGUGGAGCUCCUACUCGCCCGCAUGCCCCGCGACGGCCUCCGCCCCGGUCCCGCCCUGGUCCUCCCCCUCCUCCGCGCGUACUCCGCUGCUGGACGACCCCCUGACGCGCUCCUCCGCUCCUGCCCCUUGCCGCUGAGCGACCGGCUCUUCUCCGCCCUCAUCCAAGAUCUCCUCCGCUCUGAUGACCUCGAUAUCGCCGGGUCUCUCCUCCUCUCCGGCGCUAAUCUAGGGUUUCCACUUAAGUCCCGGCACUACUCCGGUCUCGUCAGAGCCCACUGCGACCGCGGCGCCGUCUGGUCGGCGAUCGAGUUUCUGGAUCUGCUGGCGACGAGAGGGUCCGUCCCCGAUGUGUUCUUCUACGGAUCGUUGAUCCGCGACAUCUGCCGCGCCGGCGGCAGCGACGCGGUGGAUGCCGCUUUCGAGGUGGUGGACCAGAUGAAGCGAAACGGGCGGGAGCCGGACGUGGUGAUAUGGAACACGCUCGUGCACGGUUGUGCGAAGGCCGGUCAGUGGGGCAGGGCAGAGGGGGUAGUGGCGGAGAUGGAGCGCAAGGGCAGCGGGGCGGCGGCCACCGAUGCCGGUACCUACAAUGCCCUCAUUUCGGCCAUCCCUCACCGUCAGAUGGUCCAAGAUGGGAUCUUGGCUUUCCGUCGCAUGAUGGAGAAGGGGGUCUCGCCCGACGUGGUCACAUUCUCGAUGCUCAUCGGUGGAUUGGGAAGGGCAGGGAGGGUGUGGGAAUGCAACACUCUCUUGGGAAAGAUGGUGAGGCUGGGAAUUCCACCGGACAUUGCCUGUUACAAGAUUCUACUGGGUGUGUACAGAAGCAACGCCAUGAGCGAUGAUGCCUCUGCAGGGCUACUGUGGAUCAAAGUGAGUGAGGAAGCGAUGGCGGCACUGAGGACAGGAAAGAGAUGGAAGAUAGAAAAUAAGGUGAUGGGAUUGUAGCUUUAGUACAAUUGAUGGUGAUCUGCAUGGAUCUCUAGUGGAAGAUGCAGUGCCACAUGCAGCGGAAAGGAUGCUCGUUGAUGCUUUGGAAAGGAGGAGGAUGAACGAUGGUGUGUAAGUGAUGCAACACUCCAUCGUUGAGCUCAUGUUUUGUAAUCUGUCAUGUUUCCUGCCAUACGAGGGGCACAUUCUGCACGGUAUACUCGAGCUGGUUUAAAGAUCUCAAAAGAAUGAUGGAGAUCAUGUUGUACCCCAAGGAAGAAAGGAGAGUAGGAUUGUGUCACGCUACUUGGCGUCCAAUCCAAGCUAGAUUGGGAGGAGGAAAGAAUCUUGAUGACCGACACGCAUUAUGAAGCAAAGUAUUUAUUAUCUUACUACGAUGUUGUCGAACUCUUCAAGUCAAAGUAAAGUUAAAUGCAGAAAUAGAAGCCUUUUUUUGGUUUUUUUUAUUAUUUAUUUUUAUGGCCAGGGAUUUGAUUGAAUCGCUUUAAUAUUUGUGCGGUAUGAUGAUGCUUCCAUGAGCCGUUUCACUUUCUGCAGCCACUCCAUGGUGGCGUGGGGGAGAUCGCUUUGCUUUGCUCUGUUAUAUGUAUGGAUGCGAUACAAGCAUGGCAUGGUACCAAAAUGGCGGACGCUGUGGGCAAGGCAUUCCUGGUUCUCAUGGUCCUCCUCUCGUCCUUCCUCCUCCCCUCCUCCUGUGACCGCAUUGAGACCACCAGCUUCUCCAAAGGAGUACACGCUAAGCUGAAGGAGAAGGUGAGCCACCUCCACUUCUACUUCCACGACGUCGUCAGUGGAAGUAACGUGACGGCGGUGGCUGUGGCCAGGCCACCGAAUGCGCAGCCGCCGACCUCAUUCGGGUUGGUCAUGGUCAUGGACGACCUGCUCACGGAGGGGCCGGAGCCCACGUCGAGGCCGGUCGGGCGGGCGCAGGGGCUGUACGCGGCCGCCGGGCUCCAGGAGAUGGGCUUCCUCCAGGCCAUGAACCUGGUGUUCGUGGGCGGCAAGUACGACGGCAGCGUGCUCACCGUCCUCGGCCGCAACGCGCCGUUGCACGCCGUGCGGGAGAUGCCGGUGGUGGGCGGCAGCGGGCUGUUCCGCUUCGCCCGCGGUUACGCCGUCGCCCGCACCCACAGGCUCGACAUGAGCACCGGGAACGCCAUCGUCGAAUACGACGUCUACGUCAUGCAUUACUGAGCAACCACGGCGUCAUGUUUCGUUUGUGUCGGCGAUCGUUGAGUCAUCAUUCUUCUGUCUGCUUCGGUUAUCAUUUCGACUGCUACAGCACAUUCACCAAAUAAAGUGGGCGUCAGUCAUUAU